AUAAGGAAUCCGGUUGUUGCUGUGAGCAGAGAGGAGGCACAGACAAACCAAAGCCGCCAGCUGGACAGGGGACGGCGGCUCCAGGGAUGAGCGCAAGCCGGUAAAACCUUCACAACUCACAUGGAAGAUUGUGGAAACUCUCGGAAUUAAAACAAAAUGUGUGAAAACUAGCACAUUACGUAUUAAUGGAUAUUCUGUAAAUACAUUCAAAGGGGAAGAAGGAACAGAAUAAGGAUCAACAGCGAGUAAAGUCGCUUUAUUUGAUCACAAACGGACAGUCCGAACAACUCAUUUGGGAUUUCAACAAAUUAAGCAUUUCUGGAUUCUGUGGAGCUAUCCUGGGAGUUAUUGUCAUGGCUUUUUUAAAAUCGUGGAAUUAGUGUCCGGUGACUUACUCCAGGUGCCAGGAAAAGACUUGGUCAGCAACCGAAGUCAUGUGCCAAUUUGUGGAUCUUUGAGAGCAAACUCCUUCACAUUAUUUUACCUCUCACGCCUCCUUGCUCUUCAACACAGAGACAAAUCUGCAUUAUCCUGGUUACCUUGAAACCAUGUCAAGCAUUGUUUUUCAACUGGCAAGAUGGCCGCUUGGAGGGGUGAUCCGGUAUUUUUUCCCACUGCUAUUGAUGGGAGAGUGGUGCCACGCAUCUCCCGCAGCGCCAGAGUCAGACUCCUGUUCUAAAUUGGUACAAAGCCGCUUCUUUGGCUUCUUCCUGUCAUCAUCAGUAUUCCCCAGUGUGCCUUGCUCCUGGACCCUGCAGAAUCCUGAUCCCCGCCGUUACACCAUCUUCAUCAAGGUGACAAAACCUACCGAGGACUGUAUGCCAUCACAGCUCCGUACCUUCCAAUACGACUCCUUCCUGGAGACAACACGUACCUACCUAGGAAUUGAGAGCUUUGACGAGGUUGUAAGGCUAUGCGACACCUCUGCCCCGAUGGCCUUUUUAGAGGCUGGAAAGCAGUUUGUCCAAAUGACGAAGGGUCCUCACCAGAAAGAUGCAGCCAGUACCAGUGACGGUGGAAAUUUCAAAGUAGAGUACCUGGUUGUUGGAAAACGUAACCCCAGCAUGGCAGCCUGUCAGAUGCUCUGCCAGUGGCUGGAGGACUGCUUAGCACCCAGCACUUCGAGCAGGCCGUGUGGCAUUAUGCAGAUGCCGUGUACAUGUCGGCUGCCACCACCACGACAUAGCGAGGGCAACGGCUGUUACCACAAUGGAGUUUACCUGGAUAACUGUUUCACCAGCGUAAAAGAAAGUGGAAACGCUACUGAAAUAAAUGUCUUCGGUAAAGGCCUGCAUGUUUCCCGCAGUCAGUCACUUCGUUCAGUGGACAGUCGCAAGCGUGAUGACGUUGAAAAGUCCCACAGUGGACAGCAGAACCCUCAGCCAGUAGACUCAGCCUCAGGUGAGGAGUGGUCAGCAUGGAGUGUGUGUUCUGCCACAUGUGGGGAGGGCUGGCAGAGUCGCACUCGUUUCUGUGUGUCCUCCUCCUACAGCACGCAGUGUAGUGGGCCACUGCAAGAGCAGAGAACUUGCAACCCUGCUGUUUGUCCAGUGGCUGGCGCUUGGGAUGAAUGGUCUCCAUGGAGCUUAUGUUCGUCAACCUGUGGCAGAGGUUAUAGGUCCCGAACACGAACCUGCACCCCUCCCCAGUUUGGAGGAGAUCCUUGUGAGGGUCCAGAGAAACAGACCAAAUUCUGUAACAUAGCCGUCUGUCCAGUAGAUGGAGUGUGGAAUGAGUGGUCGAGUUGGAGCUCCUGCUCAGCCUCCUGCUCUAAUGGGACCAUGCAGCGGACAAGGGAGUGUAAUGGCCCCUCAUAUGGCGGUUCAGAAUGCAGAGGAGAGUGGCUGGAGACUGUUGACUGCUUCCUCGGGGAAUGCCCUGUGGAUGGUAGGUGGCAGCCAUGGUCUUUGUGGUCAAGUUGUUCCAAGACUUGCGGUGGUGGUAGCCAGCAGAGAAACAGAAUAUGUUAUGGGCCCUUUUUUGGAGGGCAGACAUGCCCUGCAGAACGAGAGGAGAUCCGACACUGUAAUGAAAAAAGAUGCCCUGAACCUCAUGAAAUAUGUGGCGAAGACAACUAUUCCAACGUUGUUUGGAAGAUGACUCCUGCUGGAGAUACAGCAGCCGUACGAUGUCCUCCUAAUGCAAUGGGGCUUAUUCUCCGUCACUGCACGCUUGACGAGGAGGGCAUUGCAUACUGGGAGAAUCCGACCUAUAUGAAGUGUAUUUCCAAUGAUUAUCGCAGCAUACAGACUUUGACACGAGAUCAUUUGUCCAAAGCACAGCGAGGCCUUGUGGGAGACGGAGUCUCGGAAGUGAUGACUAAACUGAGAGUGACUUCCAGUGACGGCACCAGCUACAGUGGGGAUUUGCUGGCAAUUAUAGACGUGCUGAAGAACAUGACUGAAAUCUUCAGGAGAGCAUACUACAGUCCCAGCAGCGCAGACAUGAGGAACUUUGUGCAGUCAGUCAGCAAUUUGCUAAUGGAAGAGAACAGGGAACGAUGGGAAGAAGCACAACUGCUGGGUCCAAAUGUCAAAGAGCUGUUCCGCCUGAUUGAGGACUUUGUGGAUGUCAUCGGUCUGAGAAUGAAAGACUUUCAGGACAUGUAUGAAGUGACUGAUAACCUAGUUCUGAGCAUCCACAAGCGUCCAAUGCUGGGUAACGCAGACAUCAGUUUCCCCAUGAAGGGCUGGAGGGGCAUGGUGGAUUGGGCCCGCAACUCAGAGGACAAAGUCACCAUUCCAAAACACAUCCUGUUAACGGGAAAGCCAGAUGCAGAUGACACCUCAACAUUUGUAACAGGAAUAGUUCUGUACAGAAACCUGGGAAACCUUCUGAAUUUCCAGAGAAACAGCACAGUUCUCAACUCCAAGAUUGUAUCAGUCACCAUCAAACCCACCCCUGCGUCCCUCUCUGCUCCAGUUACAGUUGAAUUCUCUCACUUGUACAACGGCACCACAAACCAGACCUGUAUAUCCUGGGAUGAAAGUGAGAGCUCCUCUCUGCUGGGAUCCUGGUCUGCUCGGGUCUGCAAAGCCGUGCUCGUCGAUUCAUUCAGAAGCAAAUGCAUGUGUGACAGACUGUCCACCUUCGCCAUUUUAGCACGGCUUAAUCCCGAAAUGAACAUGGAUAAGACACAGCUCCCGUCUGUGACAAUGAUAGUGGGCUGUGGAGUGUCUUCACUAACAUUGUUGCUGCUCAUCAUCAUCUAUGUGUCUGUCUGGAGGUACAUUAGGUCUGAACGCUCAGUCAUCCUAAUCAACUUCUGCCUCUCAAUCAUUUCCUCCAAUGCCCUUAUUCUCAUUGGACAGACCCAAACACGGAAUAAGGUUUUAUGCACCAUAAUUGCUGCAUUCCUUCAUUUCUUUUUUCUAUCAUCAUUCUGCUGGGUCCUGACGGAGGCAUGGCAGUCAUACAUGGCAGUGACAGGUCGCCUAAGGAAUCGGAUCAUACGCAAGCGUUUUCUCUGUCUUGGCUGGGGUCUCCCUGCACUUGUUGUUGCAAUCUCAGUGGGCUUCACCAAGGCAAAGGGCUACGGAACACCCAGCUACUGCUGGUUGUCUUUGGAAGGAGGUCUUCUCUAUGCAUUUGUUGGACCCGCUGCCACUGUUGUCUUGGUUAACAUGGUUAUUGGGAUUCUCGUUUUUAACAAACUGGUGUCCAAAGACGGCAUUACUGAUAUGAAACUAAAGGAGAGGGCGGGUCAGAUGACAGUGCCACUGUACAAUAUGACGCUCAAAUGUGCCAAGUGUGGAGUUAUCUCGUCGGCUGACGUAUCCACCACAGCUACCAGUAACGCCAUGGCUUCACUGUGGAGCUCCUGUGUGGUUUUGCCCCUUCUGGCUCUCACGUGGAUGUCAGCUGUCCUCGCCAUCACUGACCGGCGCUCUGCAUUAUUCCAGAUUCUUUUUGCUGUCUUUGACUCUCUGGAAGGCUUUGUCAUUGUUAUGGUGCACUGCAUCCUGCGACGAGAGGUCCAGGAGGCAGUAAAGUGUCGUGUGGUAGAUCGUCAGGAAGAUGGUAAUGGGGAUUCAGGUGGAUCUUUCCAGAAUGGCCAUGCUCAGCUUGUGACUGACUUUGAGAAAGAUGUUGAUAUGGCUUGCAGAUCAGGUACUGUGAAGCCCUCAUCCGUCCACGGAGAGGAAAAGACUUCUUCUGGAACUCUCACCCUUCAGAAGGGAUCAAAUUUCAACACCAUGCCAGCGAGUAUGGCCAAAGUCCACCUCCAGAAUAUGGCGGACUACACCAGCCACACACUGACUCUGCGCAGGGAGAAAGGUACCACCAAAGGAAUCAGCACUGAGUUGCCAGGUGCCAAAUCCAUUUACAUUUGUGACAGCGAGCUCUUUAAGCAGCUGGAUGGAGAGGUUCCUCGAGGGAAUGGAGAGGGAAGCAGCUAUGAGGGCACUGGCAAGUCCUCAGGGUUAGUUCUUUUACCUACCAACAACACGGGCACCCUAAAGCCAGCCAAGAGCAAAGACGAGCAACCAACUAAGUAUAACAUCAAUGUUGAGCAGCUGCCUCAGACACGGCUCAUCCAUUUGGCUAACCCUGUCAGUGGCGAGCCAGUACCUGGCUUUGGACUGAAGAGCCUGCCUGCUGACCAGGUCAGUGUGUCAUGCUCAGAGAGAGACUCGCCUGUGCACAACCUACAAAACAUGCCAAGAGACUCGCAGGUGGCCAACAGCCCAUGUGAUGGAGCAGAGUCCGGAAACUCUGUUGUGAUGACCAAGAGUGAGACUGUUUCUACACUAUCAAUGAGCUCCCUGGAGAGGCGAAAAUCACGCUAUGCAGAGCUUGACUUUGAGAAGAUAAUGCACACCCGGAAACGCCACCAGGACAUGUUUCAGGACCUGAACAGGAAGAUUCACAGUGCAGACAAGGAUAGAGAUUCUCCACCUGUUGAUGCCAAUGCUACCAAAAGAUGGAGUGUGUCCUCUGCCAGCAGCGACAAGACCAACAUAAGCGAUAAGCAGCAGACCCCAAGUAAGAGGGUGUGGGAAGGCAUAAAAAAGACCCACUCCCCCCCGUCCUGGGUCAGGAAGGACCUGGUGACGGCGGCGACGGCCUCCCCUCUGGAGAUGCAGGCAGUGGAGUGGGAGAAGACAAGUGCAACCAUUCCUUUGGUGGGCCAGGAGAUCAUGGACCUGCAGACGGAGGUGUGAUAAACCAUAUUUCCUCAGCUUGCUUUUCACUUCGCUCUUGGACAAACAAGCAACAUGCCACAUGUACUGUUCAGCUCUGGAUGGAGUGCAUUGCAAAUACAGGGAGAAAGGAAAGUGAAAAGUCAAACUGGCUCCAGAGAACUGGUAUCAUGAUGUCUCUUUGUAUGUCAUUUCAUAUCACGUUCGGAUCGUCUUUUUAUCAGACAUGUACUGUCUCCCUGAAUAUGGACAUGCAUACCAAACUGUCUCACGGUGGGACGGUUGCCAAAGUAGGAGAUUCAGCUACUCCUUGUGUAUCAUACAUGAAAGUAAUGACCUGUUGUCUAGUAUGUAUGUAAUGGUUGUAAUGUAAUUAGUCAUGUAUCUUUUUCUUUUAUUUUUGGGUUCAAAGUGUUACUGCAUCUCCGUUGCACUCGCUCCUUCUCCGAAGUGAUGUUUUACAUGGCUCAAGUUUUUCAGUUUUUCAGUGAUGGAAUGAAAACUCGACAACAGUUUGAGGAGGCAGACUGCCAAGAAUCCACCGCUGUGCCCCUUAAUGCAAUCCCCUCCCCUUCACACCUCCCCCACAUCCUUUUGGCUCCUGUGCUUUAUCCACCCUGGCAAGGCAGGCACCUGGGAGACAAGUGAAGGGGGAAAGAGGAUGAAAAAAAAAAAAAUCACCAUGAGCCAAAAUGGCACGUUACGAUCUAAUUGGGUCUCAACCUCAAUGCCACCCACAGAACGACUUUGCGGCUGCAUCCAGACAGCCGUCAGCACAUCCAAGUACUUGCUAUUUCUUCAUUUGUUGAUAUUUACAGUACAUGAACAAGCAGGCGUGGUUCAAGCUAAUAAGAAAUGAGUGUGUUUGUGUUAGGCAAUGAAAGAUGGGUAUGUGAGUGGAUCUCUAAAUAUAUACAGUAUAUGUCAUGAUGAUACAUGCAAGGAAGAGUAGACUAAAGAACAAUGGUUGCAAAGAAAGCACAAGGCUCAUUUGGAGUCGUGAUGUACAGCAUUGUAAUUAUUUCACAGAGUUCUACAGAAUGGAUUUUAGCCUUUAAAUGUCUUUCAUACUGUGCUUGGGGAAUAGUUGUCAUCAUCACUACAAAUAUGAACAGAGACCUACCCUUCCCUCUCCUACCUUGUCUUUUCAGGAUACUGGACUACAUGUGUGUUCUGUAUCACAAUGUAAUCGUGCGUGUUUUUAUAUCACCGCCAUUUACUCUUUUGGAGCUCUACCUUUAAGACGCUGUCCCGUUGUCCCCACUCCUCUGCCCCAUCACAAGCUGCGCCCCAGCCUGCCACACACAGCCCUCCCACACGUCCUUACUUGCCUUUUGAUUUGACCUGGGGUUGCCUGUUUUUAAUGUACAGUUUUCAGAGCACACAAUGAAUGUGUCUUAUUUCUAUUAAAAACAUAUCUAUAUACGAAAACAAAAGCAGUCAUGCAUGAUUUAUUGCUGUGGUUUUAUAAAUACGGGGUCAUUGCCAUACCUAUUAAUCCUCCAACCGUAAAAAAACAACUGUAUUUUGCUCUUCUUUCCAGGCGCCCGUUUUGAUAGUUUCCCAUAUUUUAACUUUCAUGGCUUACACCUUUGGUGACUACUUAUGCAAGUCAACAACAAUACCUGUGAAAAUUUCAUUUGCGCUACCUAAUGUAUUAAAAAUGAAAUAUCCAAAUAAUUGUCUACAUUUUCAAAUGCAAAUGUUGACAGGUAUGGUCAUUGUCUUGCAUAAAAGUCUUCACCCCCUUUUCACUCCAAAAUUUAGGACGUUUUUCCUCAAAAUUCAGCACACAAUGGGCUACCCCAUAAUGACAGAAUGGGAAAUUCAUUCAUGUUAUCUAAUGUAUUGAAAAUGAAAUAUCCAACUAUCUCGUGAUCACGUGUAUAAAUAUUCACCAUUUUUGCAAUGACUCUUAAAAUUAAUCUCAGGUGGAUCCUCUUUCUGGAAUUUAAAGUCGAAACCUGCACUACCAAUCAAAAGUUUGGGGUUGCAAAUGUCUGAAUAAUGUAUGUACAGUAUAAAGAAAAACACAUUCCCAUGCAAUUCACAAUUAGUUAAUCAGAUAAUGUCAAAAAAUGACCGCUUUUGGCAAAAAGACCCAUUAUCAGAUGAUGCGCUACACUGCUGAUGGGAUGUCAUACAACAUGCCAUAUAAUCCGAACUAUCCCUUUAAGAUUUGAGUAGGUCAGUCUAGUUUCACUCUUUACUUCUACCUCUUCCCUUCAUUGUUGUCCACCACUGCACCCAAUAUGAGUCAACUUUAAUAUUUAGUUGUCACUGUCAAACAAUAUCAACAUUAACUAUUCAGCAUCAAAUAAAUAGAAUUUUUUUGCUAACAAAUUAGAGAAACAGUAACAAGUAGACACUCAUAUCACAAAAUUAACACCUAAUUGAAUUACUACUAUUACUACUAAUAUGUGUGACUGUUUCAAUGCAGUAUUAUCGUUGUGGUUGUUGAUAUUAUUUUGUCCUCUCCAUCUCUAUGGCCGUCACAGACAUUUGCUGAUGUAGUCUUUUUUGUUUGUGUUGUUUUGUUACUGCUGUUACAAUUGUUGUUGCUGCUGUUGUUCUUGUCUCUCUCUGUAUAGUCCCCGUCUGGUCCCCGUACUCCCCCAUUCUGUUUUCUUUUCUCUUCUUCUCUCUCCCCUCCUGCUCCGGUCCAUCCGCUCCAAAUGUGCAUAUCAACAAAAUAUCAAAUAAGGUCAAAUAAAUUCUGUAUAACAGGGGAAGCCUGUUCCCUGGCAGGGCAAAUAUGUUGAGCACGUAAGGGCAUUUAGAUCAACAAAUCUGCCCUAAUGGCUGGACAGGACAAAAAAAAACACCUAAGUCACACUGUACACAGACUAUAUGAAGGUACGUUGCAGAGGAGGAAGCUACGCUGCUUAGUUAUCACUGUCUAUGUCAUAGAUGCAUAUCCUUUGUUCAAGGAUACUGUCUCUAUCCUUGUUGAUGGUGUAUGAUGAUGAUGAUGGCUCGGAGUGGUCAUGCAGCCAA